ACUUUAUUAUGGUAGAGCCAGCCCUGUAUCUAGCUUGAUGGUCAUAUCAAGUUAAAUAAGUUGGGUAAAGCCAGUAAGCUAGUUACAAUCUCAUUCUGUUUAAACUUGAGUGUAUCACUUAAAAAUGAGUUAUUUUGCUACUACAGUUACCAAACACAUGAUCAUUCACCGAGAUGUCAAGUCAACUAACAUCCUAUUGGACGACAAAUGGGUCGCCAAGGUAUCAGAUUUUGGAUUGUCCAAAGUAGGUUCACUUGGUAAGUUAGAUGCUACUCAUAUUAGCACUGCAGUGAAAGGAAGUUUUGGGUAUAUCGAUCCUGAAUACUAUAAGCGUCAACAAUUGACAGAAAAAUCAGAUGUUUAUUCAUUCGGGGUGGUUCUGUUUGAAGUGUUGUGUGCUAUGCCAGCAAUAAAUCCUAACUUGCCAAGUGAGCAAGUGAAUUUGGCUGAAUGGGCUUGUAGGAGUUAUAGAAGAAAAAAUCUUGAACAAAUCAUUGACCCUAAAUUGGAAGGACAGAUUGCCCCAGAAUGUCUAAGCAAGUUUGCAGAAUUGGCAUAUCAUUGUUUGAGGAAUCAAGGGGUCCAAAGACCAUCAAUGGGUGAUGUUGUAAGAAGUUUAGAAUUUGCAUUACAGCUUCAAGAAGGUGCAGAUAAUAGAUCAGGCCAUGAGGUUGAAGGGUACAUACACCCGCCGACGCGUAACCUUUCUUUUCCCUUGAUUAUUAAUAGUCAUGCUAAUAUAGCUACCAGUGAAAAUGAGAUUGUCUCAGGUUCAAGUGAAGUUGAAAGAAAGUUGACAAGCAAUGGUAUAUCCAUGUCAAUAAGCCAGAGUGCCAAAUUGAAAAAUGUCACUAUUUUCUCUGAGAUCAUGAACCCAUUGGGACGAUGAAUUAGUUAUGAUCAGUACAUAAAGUAAUUAACAUUAUCACACAAAAUGUAUAUCUCAGUGUUAUACACAUAAUUUGAUUUUCCUUCUUUGUAUAUCUCUGUGUAUAAUACAUUUGUGGAUAUACAAAUAUAUUUGCUAGAGUUACAUUGA